AUGGACACCGGCAACAACCCCGACCCCAUCGACGCCUUCUUCCACCGCCACGGCCUCACCCCCUCCGCCCGCGCCCAGUGCCACGCCUUCGCGCGUGCACACCUCGGCGGCGCCCGGGACAUCCGCGAGGCCACGACGCAGGGCUACUGCUCGUACACGCUGCUGUGCGACGGCGACGACGACGACGAUGAAGACGCCAUCGUGCAGUUCCGCCCGGCCGCCCACCAGCUCGACAUCGAGCUCGCGGCCGCCGCCCGCCGCAUCUAUGGCGCCCUGGCGCCCGCCACGCGGUUCCUCGGUGUCGUCCCCGGAGACCGCCGUUGCCCCCUCUACGCCUACUCCAUGGCCCGCAUCCCCGGCGUCUCCCUCGCCGAGUUCCGCGCCGCCGCCGCAGCCGCGGACCCACCAACCGGCCGGUCCUCUUCCUCCCCCUCCCCCCACCGCCGCCAGCGGCAGCGGCAGCGGCACCGCUGGCAGGAGAACCUCGUGCGGGGCUUUGCGCGCUUCCUCUGCGCGGGCUGGAGGUCCUCCCUGGACUCGCACCCGCCGGCCUCCGCUGCCGCCGCCAGGGGCCGCGUGGGCGGCUCGCUGCGCCGGCGCCUGGAGAUGAUGCGCGACGGCCUGCCGGCGCGGUUCCGGCCCGCCGUGGAGGACGUGCUCAGCGGCCUGGACGCGGUCGAGGCCCUGCCGUGGGUGCUGACGCACGGCGACGUCGUGCCGGGGAACAUUAUGGUGGAGGGGCCGGCGGACGAGGAAGGCGAGGAAAGGGAUACCGCCGCCGCCAGCAGACGCCGCCGGCCGGGCUCGCUGUGCGGCCUGCUGGAUUGGGCCGAGGCGGAAUUCCUCCCCUUCGGGGUGGGCCUCGCAGGCGCGGAGGAGCUCCUCGGCGAGGCGUUGCUGGCGGCGGGGGCGGGGGUGGGGGCUGACGGUCCGUACCCGCCGCCGAGCAGCCGCUUCGCCUACUACCCGUGUGCGGCGGAGCUGCGGAGCGUCCUCUGGGAGGAGCUGCGGGCGGGGAUCCCCGAGCUGCCGCUGCUGGCCGGCGACGCGGUGGCGCGGGCGCGCGUGCUGGGCAUCCUUCUCUGGCACGGCAUCGCGUUCGCCGACGGCAGGCUGGACCGCGUCGUCCAGGAGGGCCGGGAUGACGAGGAGAUCCAGCGGCUUGACGUGUUCCUUUUUGGGGCCGCGGCCGGGGCCGAAAUUCGCCCCGGUCUAGGCUUGGUAAUCGUCACAGGAGUAUCGGAAGCAGGUUUUAUCUAG